UUACUUCAACCUUUCAAUUGAACCUUCAACUUCUGUCAGAUCUGGCAACCCGCUUUUCGAGCGUGUUUGCCGCGAGGACCGUUCGGGUUUAAUCAACUGCUAGUUUCUCGAAUUUGAAGCAUUGUUGCUAUUUCAAUUUUUUUUAAUAUCCGUAUCCAGUUAUGGCGGCAGGUCGAGAAACUACUAGUCAGUGGAAAACAACGGUCAUAAUUAGCUCCUCAAUUCAGAACAAUGAAUCCUGCAGGAUACUCAGCGCUCAGCAACACAGAAUCCGAUUUUCUGACAGCAUCACAACAGGAACCUUUAUUUUCCCUUUGUCAGGGACUGCAUUUCUAUUUGUUGAGCCUCAAGAGCGUCCAGAGGAUUUGGAAGAACUGGGACUCAUGGAUCAGAUAAAGAACUUUGUGGAAAUCCAUCGUAACUGCUUCCUGCUUCUGUACGCACCCUUUACCGGACCCAAAGAGCUGAAAACUUUGAAGCUGAUUCAAAACAGGUUUUUCGGCAGUAAUCUUAAGAUCCUCACCGUUCGAAACUACGCAGAAAUGGUGAAAGGAAUGCUGAUUAUUGUGAAGGCCACUAGUAAGCCCCACGUGGACAGCAUCAGGGACAGAAUGCUUCUGGCCAGAGCUCACAUUAUUGAGACCAGCCCCGUGUGGGAGAUGCUGAGAGACAUGUUAUAAAGCCCAGUGAGGCUCCAGAACCUUCUAGCGUACACUGCAAACCAGGAUCUCUGUAUAGACGUGUACAUUUGUGCAUGAAACAUGUUUUGUUUUCUGUUUUAGGAUGAAUUCUUUUAGAUCUUUGGACGUCAUUUCAGUCAAUCUUGUUAAAAAGAGAAACUGCAUUUUCUGUCUUCAG